AUGCAUUUCCGAAAGCGCCUGAAAGACUGGACGGCGACUCUCCGUCCUCCAAGAAACUCCGGUCUCGAUGUUUCUCAAGAUACAAGUACUGCAUCGGUGGUAUCAUCGCAAAAUAAUGAUAUCUCAGUCCCUCAUGCUUGCCCUUCGAACGUUCCCAAUCCUAUCCCUUUAAGACUCGAAGGGCUGUGGAAGAAAGCUUACUCGGACCUCCAAAAUAAGAACCCUGACCUACUUGCCCAGUAUGAAAAGAUCCUCCUGUCGAACGCGGAAUUGGAUGACCCGAACAAUGAAAACCAAAGAGGUAAUAUUGACAUUGAUCCUCGACUCGAGACUUGCGUAAAAAGGCGUUUUGAAGCGAUCGAAAAGUUACGGUGCAAGAUACGCAUUGGAGGAAAAGAAAUAGAAGUCAAGAAGCAAGUCCGUCGUGUUGUAGGGGGGAUACUGUCCGUGAAAGAUAUCAUUACCGCGGCAGUGAGUGCGGAGCCACAUGUCUCCAUAGCAUGGGCAGGCGUUUUGUUUCUACUGUAUCCGUUGGCCGAAUCAUUUGAUCAGGACGAGGACGCCAUAAACGGUUUUCAAGCUGUAUCGGACCUGAUGGUUCGGUAUGCAUUCCUGGAGAAAAGUCAGGCCAAAAUAUACUCGAAUUCCAGCUUCACGGUAGCCGACUCGGGUCAUGAUUUUGCUAAUUUAAUCAGAUCCAAAACGGUUGAGCUGUACGUUCUUAUACUUGAGUACCACAUGUCUCUUGCCACGCACUUCGAUCAUGCCGGGUUCAGGCGAUUCUUACAUGACUGGACAGAGAUCGAUAAGUGGCACAGCAUGCUAAAGUCGAUCACGAGUCUCGAUGAGAGCAUCAGUCAGUAUUUGGCAACAUUCGCUGGAGAUGAUAUCCAAAAGAUCCUCAAGGAACUGGAGAAUUCACAACGGGUUGUAAUGGACUCACUCUCCGUGAUAAAGGAAAAUGUUGAGGAGACUAAACAAAUAGAGCUUCUCAAAUUGCUUCCGCUGGGCACCCAGACGAAAAUACUUCGUGAGAUUCAGACUUGGGUUGAGUCUCCGGAUGACUCUCAGGUAUUCUGGCUCAGAGGAAUGGCAGGAACCGGCAAAUCUACAAUCUCUCGUACCUUUGCUGCUGCGUGCCAGCAAGGCAAAUCGCUUAUCCCCAACGGGCCCCCUCUUCCCGUGAACGUCUGUCUCGGUGCCAGUUUCUUCUUUGAUCGAACUAAGCCGGGGCGCAACUCCGUUGAGAAGUUGUUUCCUUCAAUAUCCAAUAAGCUAGCAUAUUCAUUCCCAGAUUCUAGAGACAAGAUAUGCCAAGCAAUUCUGGACAACCAAUCCAUCGGCAAUCAAAAUUUGCAUAACCAAUGGAGCAAAUUGAUUUCAGAGCCACUUUUGACACUCGAUAAGGAACUUCUCCUACCUGUGACACUGGUAUUGGUGCUAGAUGCACUUGACGAGUCUGUGUCUCAGGACCCCAAGGGGGCUGGAGAACCAGCCCAUGAUAUUGGAGGCGUCCUAAGGCUUAUAACCACAGCUGAAAAGUUGCAAAAUAUUCGACUGAAAAUAUUCCUUACCAGCAGGCCAGAACUACGGUCUCAAUUUUAUGUUUCUUAUAAAGAAGCUAAUGUCCACGACUUUGAACUUCGAAAAAUCCCAGUAAUGUCCGAAGGGGCUAAUCUUCCGAAAGACGACAUAACCUUCUAUUUGGAGCAUCAGGUUAAGCGAAUUGUAUCCCAAGCCACCGUCAACUACUCUGAGUCGCUAGCAAAAUCUAUCUGCUGGCUCAGUCAAGAUGAAGAAAGGAAGGUUGUCCGAACUCUUGCUGAGAAAAGCGAUGGUUUGUUCAUUUAUGCAGCCACCGCAUGCCGCUUUUUGGAUGGGGUAGACUGCGACUUCGACGAUUUGCAAGCACGCAUGCGAGAAAUAUCUGGUUACAGCUCAGAAGUAGAUUCACCACAGGACAAUUUGGAUCAGAUGUACAAUCAAAUCCUAACAUACUCUAUACUGUAUAGCUCGAGAAAAAUAAAGAGCGAGAAGAAAGAUUUCUAUGAGCUUUUUGAACGAAUGAUCGGAGCUGUUGUUGUACUAGCAGAGCCUCUCACGAUCGCGACCCUCAAAGACCUCUUGGAUUUGGCUGGAAAGGAACCAAAAACUCGAAGACUUUUGAACAGUUUAAGCUCUGUCAUAUCUUGUGGGGUCAGUUUUGGAUCACCUAUUCAAUUGCUACACAUGUCUUUUCGCGACUUUCUCGUUGGCCAACCCAACAGGAGAUGUCUCUACGAUGAAUUCUGCAUUGACCCAAGAAAGGCCCAUAGGGCCCUUUUCGAGAGUUGCUUAAAGCCGCUGUCGAGUACUCUGAAGCAAGACAUUUGUUCUCUUGAGGACCCAUCCUUUUUGGCCAAAGAUAUUGGUUCAUCUUUGCUGGACCGCCAUGUUCCAGUUUCCGUCAGAUAUGCUUCUCAAUAUUGGUCGCAUCAUCUCCAACAAGCUGGUAUCAAGCUACUUGAUAAUGACUGCGUACAUGAGUUUUUCCAGAAGCAUUUUCUGUGUUGGCUCGAGGUCAUGAGCCUUCUUCAAAUGAUACCGACAGCUAUUGUUAACACCAUCCAGCUUGAAAGUUACUUUGCGUCCCUACCGCGCGAUGGGAGAGCCGGACAUCAAGAUAUGGUAUCUGACAUGAAGCGUUUCAUGCUCGCAUCCAAGAAGGAAAUAGAAAAUGCCCCCCUUCAGGUUUAUCGUUCGGCACUCAUUUUCGCUCCGAAACAGAGCAUCUGCCGAAAGACAUUUCAGAGUUUGAUUCCAAAAACCUUCUCCAGAUUGCCUAAAGUGAAGGAGAAAUGGGAUCCUCUACUUCAAGAACUCGAUAACAGAGAAUCCAGCCAUUGCCUAGCCAUGUCUUCGGAUGGGAAGACUCUUGCUGUCUUGUGCGGGUACUGGAAGCGCUACAGGAUUAAGUUGUGGAAUAUAACUACAGGAACAUUGCUAUAUACGAUUGACUGCGGUGGGUGGCCUGAGUUUAUUGCGUUUCUUCCUGGUGACAAGCACAUUCUAUCCUCUGGGGGGUUGGAGGGUAUCCGAGUAUGGGAUAUAGCUUCAGGGAUGUUGCUCAGAACGAUCCUCUUUGGGAAAAAAGAUGCCUCCGAUGGCGGAUUGUGGGGACGGGCUCAGAGAGAUUCACUCUCAUCUCGAGGGUGCCUAGCAGUGGUACACCCCAAAAAAAUGACCAUUGGUUUGACCUAUGCAGCACAGGGAACACUGAAAAUGAUUCAUGUUUCUACCACUGUAAAAACCAUCUCAUGGUCUGCAGAUGGACCCACCUUGGCAAUUUUUCUAACUAAUGGUAGCAUAACAUUCUGGGAUGCAAGUGAGUCCAAAUUCAUACAAUCGCUGAAUCAUAAUUCAGGGAUUGGGGAGGUAAAGGGCCUCAAUAUGACAUUCUCCGCUACUGGUGAAUUGUUGACAGAAACACUAUUGGAGGAUUGUGUUUUGCUUCAGCUAUGGGAAUGGAGGACGAAGACGUCAUUGUUGAAGAUAAUUGAUGAUUCGCUAGACUGGAAAGACUGCCAGUCCCUCGACUCAGACACCAUAAUGCAUUUCUCCCCAAGCGAAAAGGCUGUAACAACCUGGCAUCGUUCCACAGGGCUUCAGAGAUGGGAUUAUGAGACUGGCCAACGCUUGGUGAAGAUCCCUACGCCCGAUUCGAAAGCUCGCGUUACACUCUCGCCAAGCGGGAAGAUAUUUGUUGUCGCAACGGCACAGGCAGAUCGCACUCCCAUCACUAAGCUUUAUGACUCGGCAACAGGCGAAUGUUUGACGAGUUUGAGAGGCAUUAAGGAUGACCCGAGCUUUGUGUUCAACUCAGAAAUUCGAGUUCUCAUAUCCGCUGAUAUGAAAGGGAUAAUUCGAGUUUGGGACCUAUCUUCAGAUUUGAGAUCGGAACAACUUGCAGCUCCGCUGAAGUCUGACGGGAGGCUCAUUUUGUCCCAUGAUCAUCAAUUUGUACUCUCGGCAUCCACAAACCAUAUCUAUCUUUGGAAAAAUAGACCUGGCUCUCUUAUGCGGGUAGUCAGCAGGAAAGAUAUAGAAGGCCUUGCUGAAAUGUUUGGGCAAGUCCUGAUCAGGGACUACAAAGGUCCAAUUUUGACAAAUAUACAGACGGCAGUACAGGAAAUGAACACCAACCAGCAUUUAGAUGACCUUUUUCACGGCUAUUUUGUCGAUAAUCAGAUAAAGGAAAUCAGCUCAAACGGCAGACUUCUUGCAAAAGCUUGGUUCUCAACGGAAAGCGCUCAUUACGAUGACGAUAAUUUUUACAUCACAGUACGGGAUGUAAUCACUGGCGACGUGGCUUCCGCCAUUCCUCGCGGAUACAAUGGAGAUCCUUAUCUGUCAUUCUCUCCUGACGGUAGGCUUCUGGCAAUUGGUCAUACAGAUAGGGAUUCCAAAGCAACAACCCUCGAAGUAUGGGAUGUAAUUGAAGGAGAUUUUCGAGUUCAACGAGAUACGGGUCUCCGCGAGGAAUUUGAAGCUAUAAAGGUUCACUGGUCAGCCAACGGAACAAAAGUGGCAAUCGACUGUCCCAUCCCCUUUUGGAAGCAACGCAACAAGGCCCGCAUUUUCUUGUACGAUUUGGCGAAAGAUAACUCAGUACUUCUUGAGUAUCCGGGGGUCAGUGCUGCACUGUCCCCAGACCAGAGGCUGGUUGCGACCCGAGACCUCGAUGGAAGAAUCCUCUACUUGUGGGAAAACGUUGGAAACAAUCUAACUCUGCUUGGCCAGCACAACGACCUGAACUUGAAGUGGAGCGUAGUUGGAUCAAAGAUGUUGAAAUUUGAAGGCGAUGAGGUGGUUAUUACACGUGAAAAUCGAAUUGACGUUAAAUCGUUUCUACCAAAGUGGGACUCGAGAACCAGUCGGCAGAUACAGGUGAAGAACGGCUGGAUUAUUUAUGGGUCAGAAAAAGUUCUCCUUCCUUUGCAGUACAGACCGCAUGAUGUGGUUGUAACUAAAGAAAAUGUUUUGGUUAUGAGGAAUGAGUCGGGUGAGGUCACGUUUUGGGAGUUUGCUGACGAGGAAGAGGAUUGA